AUGUCAUGUGAGAGUGUCCAGCUGAUGCUGGAGGGUCUCGAGGGCCAGCGGGGGACUUUGCAGCCGAAGCUGGAGGGUUUGGAGCAAGACGUCGGCCGGCUGAAGGAGUGGGCCCUCGGGCUGACGGAGAAACGAGCGCAGCUGCAGACCAGCCUGAGCGCACUGAGAGACGCUGUGGGACAGAUUGAGGAACGCACCUCGGCCAUCACUAAGGACGUUGGCAACAAGGUGGCGUCAGUGAGGACAGAUGUGCGCAGAAUGGGCGGCCUGCAGUCGGAGCUGGAGCCUUUGCUCACUCAGGUCGAGGAGCUGGAAGGCAAGACCACUCAGGUGGAGCGCAGCAUGGUCAAACGCAUCGGGGAUUUGCUGGCCAGCAGCGUCGACCGAGUCUCCAAUCUCCGGGCUGCGUCCGAACGCAACGCGCAGGCCAUAGAGCAGCUCCGCAGGCGCAUCCCUGAACUCAUCGCUGCUGACAAUCGGAUCUCUGAGCAUUUGAGGGAGCUAGAGAGCGGCAGAGCUCGCCUGAUAAGAACAGUAACCUUUGCCAGUGACCUUAAACCAAAGGUGGCUUCUCUUAAGAGGGACUUUGGGGCGUUUGAGCCUCAGCUGGCAGAUCUGACCCUGCGGAUAGGAAGACUCGCAGAAGAUCUGACCAAAAGAGAGCAGGAGAUUGCCGAGCUUAGACAGACACUAACCAAUCUAACUGCAGUGGGGGGAGAUUUAAAUGUUACAACUAAACAGGUUAGUGAAAUAGCUGAUAUAUCUGAUAUUGUAGAGAUGCACCAGGCAACAUGA